UUUUGCUCAUUUCUUGCUUGUGCAGAUGUGACUUACAGCACUAGUCUGAACAGCAGUUUUCAAGUAUAAAGCUUGUCAAUAAGUUGACUGGACUUGAGGUUUCCUGGGCUGCGUCAAGGGCUCAGAGGUUAAAUGGGAAGUGGAAGUGAGAAUCACUCUUCACAAGUGUGCUGUCAAGUAUCACAUUCAACUAAAUCCAAGCUGGUGGUGUAGCAUAAGCCUCAGGCUGCUUUUGUCACUUAUCUGACUGUCUUCAGUGCUCUUUUAACUGGCAUCUCUGAAUUAAUCCUACAGUUCCCCCCCCCCCCCAUUGCAUGGGCAAAGCUGCAUGAGUAACACAAUUUGACAAGUGAGCCAUUAUAUUCUGUAAUGUGUUAAAUACCUAUUGACAUUAUUGACUUUGAGCAGGAAAGUGGUUAGGUGCAUAAUCCAGUGUCUGUCUUGAUGGUAGUGAACAUAUUAACACUGAUGUAGGGAGGUGUUUUCAGUACAAUAAGAUAAUGUGCAAAUGUAGGUCAGAACCUUACCAAACAUCCACUUUCUAUCACCUGGGAUGGGCUCCGGAAUAGCUGGGUUGCAGAUUAAUGUACAUGACAUUGUUACAUGCAAAUUCAUAUGUUUCAGGUUAGAAUAGAUUCACGGAAGGUUUUUUGACAACUGAGCAUGACUACAUUCCUUGCAUUAGGAGAUCCAUUGGUUUCAUGACUGAAGGAACGUAAACAUGGGUGUUGGCAAACACUAGUGAUCAAAUUUGACAUCUGAAAAGCAGGAAUAAAUACCUAAUUUCUACUAUGGUGUGUCAGCGCACACACCCCUUGAGCUUCUCUUGUGUUCUGACUAUUGGUCCUUUUGGUCAGUGAAUGUUUCAUUAACGUGCACCGCAUGGCAGCAGCAUUAGUCCAAAUAUGCAGUCAGAAUAAAAGAUUAAUCCCUGCAGAAGAGACUGGGCAAAUAAUCUUGCUGGACAACAAGAAAAUAAUCCACAGGAAACCAUAGUUCUGACUGUUACGGACAUUCGAGUCUACCGUUACUUCACAUGUUGCCUCUCGAUCUGCUUUGUUUCUUGCUUAUGUGACAUAAUAGACCUGCGUUCAGACGGUUACAAAUCCCAGCAGGCACUUUUAGUAACACACCAGCAUGGGGGGCAGGGAGGAGCGGGGUGGGGAGAAGCGGAGUGAUGAAGAGGUCAAAAAGACUCGAAGCUUAAUGCAUUUGGUGAUCAUUUCACAGUCAGAUUGGCAGCAGUAAAGUUGAUGCGCUCUUCUUGGAAAAAGACCGAAAAAACGAGCGGGGGGACAGAAAGAGAGCAGUUGUGCAGGGACUGGCUCCUAGAUAGAAGUAGGAGCGUCGUGUGGACGUGUGGACGGCCGCUGUCGUGAUGCCGGCGCAGAAAACCUAGAGAGGAGUGCGAUCGGGGAACGAGAAGCGAGAUCCCGUUGGCCGCCGUCACGUUCCGCGAGUCCAUGUCUGCAGGAGCGAACGUUUCGCACGGGGGCUCUCCGGCGGCCCCGUCCGCCAUCCCUCCUGCCUUCCUGUCCCACCUCCCCCCCGCUGCCGACGUGGCCGUGGCCGUCUUCCUCAUCAUCUCCGGUUCUCUGUCGGUGGCGGGCAACGGGAUCGUUCUCCUGGUCUUCAGCCGCAAGAGGAGCAAGAUGAGGCCCCCCGAGCUGAUGACUGUUAACCUGGCGAUCUGCGACUUUGGAUACAGCCUGCUGGGUGCUCCGUUCCUCAUUUACUCCAGCGUGUCCCACGCCUGGCAGUUUGGGGAGUCCGGCUGCAUAUGGUACGGGGUGCAAGGCUUUGUGUUCGGGAUCGGCUCCCUUAUCACCACGAGUCUCAUCUCCCUCGAUCGGUGUCUGAAGAUUUGCAGUUUGAGAUACGGUCAGUGGAUAGAGAGAAGGCACAUGGCAAUGGCUGUUGGCUUGGUUUGGCUCUACACCAUAGUCUGGGCGACUCUUCCCGUGUUAGGAUUUGGAAGUUAUGGACCAGAGCCUUUUGGGACCAGCUGUACGAUAAACUGGUGGGGACUGAAGUCCUCUGUCAGUGACAGAUUGUACAUCAGCCUGAUACUGGCCCUGUGCUUUGCACUUCCCACUCUCAUUAUUAUAGCUUCGUAUGUGGCCAUCCUGCUGACGGUGCAUCGCUCUGGUCGCUCUCUGGCAGCAAUUCCAUCCUCUGCUGUCACUCAGUCCAACAAAGAUCUGCGACUCACAAAGAUUGCAGCUGUCGUUUGCUCUACCUUCCUCUUAGCCUGGACGCCAUAUGCCAUUGUGUCUCUCUACUCUGCGCUUGUCUUGCGGGAUGAGCAUGGAGUGGAUGAAGGGAUACAGGAGGCCAAAGCUCAGGCAGGAUUGGGAGCACUGGCAGAAACAUCGACAGGAAUUACAGACUUCCUCAACCUCCCUGCUUUCUUCAACUGGAGCUCUGCAGAUAGCAGCAAGACUGCUCACAGUUCAGGAUCAGGGAGCCAUGGUCAUCACUAUGUGUCUGGUUUACCCCCUGAGGUUACAGUAAUACCUGCCAUUUUUGCCAAGUCUCACUGUAUGAUCAACCCAGUCAUAUACCAGGUCAUGAAUAAGGAGUUCCGGGAGGAUGUGUACUACAUGUUCUGUGGCGGAGGAAGAAACGAGGGCAAAAGAAGAGGAAGAGGAAGGGAUGACAGCUGUUUAUACGGCAACCGUGGCAGCAUCAGUCUCUCCUAUUGUCACAGCUGGAGGGGGAGGAGCACGAAAACGGUGUCGUCAGUGGUCGAACAGGUGAGCGCUAUGGAGAAGGACGCAGAGGAGGGAAAAGCACCAGAAGGAUUCUGGCAGGACAGUGUGUCUGCGGGGUGGCCUUCACUGAAUAACACCAGCAUCAACACCCAAGUUAAUCUGCAUCAAGAGCAAGACGGCGAUGGAGUCCAGCAGUUUGCUCAACUGUGAUGAGUAGAAGAAGAGACCAGUC